AUGAGUGGCCAUCGAUAUCAAAUUCACUUCCUCUCCCCCAACGCCACCAUCUCGGCGCUGGCUGGCGAUGCCUCAGCGAAUCGGAGAGCGCUGGAAGCUGCAAAAUCCGAGGCUCGAUCCCAUGCCGCUCGUGUCUCCCACUCGUCUAAAGAUUCCAAACCCCCGGCCCGCCGGACUCGCAUUCCAAAGUCAUGGAGAGGUACCUAUGCAGCCGGCGGCCUCGCUACCACCACAUCUUCACCAAAUUCCGAUGCUCAAGGCGCUGAAUCCAGUCCUGAGGAGGAGGAGGAGGAGGGGGGGGAGGAGUCAUCAUCGGGGAGAAUCGAGAUCGAGCUCGAAAACACCGACCGACUCGCCUCCACCUCGGCAUUGCCCUUUCUAAAGUUCCGGCUGAAGGUCAGGUCCAGCGCAAACCGGCACCAGCACCCUUUAUCACUUCAGACCACUGAGAAUGGGGAAGAAGGGGACAUUGAGGACGCCAAGAGGAGGACUAGAGCGGCUUCUGUCCCCGUCAAACUGCCCAAGGACAUCGGCAAAAGCUCUCUAGAUCCCUUUGCACGCUCAGCUCUAGAGCUCUCUGUCCCAGAUCAGCAUUUGCUGCAUCUGUACUUGACGACGGUUCCAGACCAGAUAUACGGGUCGACCACCGGCGUUGUGUCGAGCAUUGCCAGGCAUAGCACCGUCGGAGUUGUGGCCACGAACGAAAUAGUGGUCAUGUGGCUACUGCUCGUCAUCGAGUCACAGAUCGUGAGCUUUCAACCCACAAAGAAAGACAGACAACUGUCGAUUCUAGCGCGGAGAUCCUUGGUCUACAGGUUGAUGAAUGCUAGGCUUGCCGAACAGGAGAGCUCGCUGAUGGACGACUAUGUCCUGGCAGUUGCCAUAGCAGGAGGCUGCGAGCAUCGAAUGGGCAAUACCAAAAGCGCCCAAUAUCACGUCCGGGCUGCCAGAAAGCUGCUGGAUCUCAGAGGCGGAAUACAGUCGGUGCGAACCAUCACGUACCCGCUGGGAUUGAUGGUUGCCAACGUCUUUGUGGAGAACGGUGUUGACGGUUUAUGGAAAACACACUCGGAUCUCGAAAAGAGGAUGGCAGGGAUCUGGCAAUGGUUACGGGAUGUCCAGAUUUGGAACUACAACCUCAGAUCCGACGCGUCCAAAGCUUUGCGUCAAGGCCACCGUGACUACCUCGAAUCCGACUCUGAUUCUGGAGUGGCACUGGACACUUCAACCGCCGGCUACCUGAGUAGGCGUGCUCGCGCCUUCGCCCCAAAGACUGCCCUGUGCGACUAUGUCGAUCUGCCUGCGGGAGAUUUGGACGAUGCGCAAUCCAGGUUCUACCUGGGUACUCUAUUCGCAAUCAACAAUGCGCUCUGGGCAUUCCGAGACAGCGGUCGAACCACCAACACUUACCUGAAGGGUCUGACCACUGCCGUGGAGAUGAGUGCCCCUUCGAAUCUUGCUCUGAGAGCAGGGGGCGCCAAGCUACCUUCCCUGCUAUUGAUCCUGAUGAUCGCUCACAAUGCCGUCGACGUCGAAGGGCGGAGCGAAUCCGCUGACACCGUCUUCCACGUCGAACAGGUCUUCGAGUUCGUCGAGAUGACGAUGAUGGCAAGCCACAGGUCCAGGAUGGAUGUGCUGAGAGCCAUGUCGUCGUGGCUGACCACCGGGGUCGCCAACCCCAGCGACCUCGCCUUUGUCAACAAUGCGAAGCUCGACAUCUGGGCGGGAGAGGUGGAGGACCGAUGGCUCUCGGACAUGUCAAGCUCAACAACAUAG